CCCAAUUAAAUAUCGAAGUUUUAGCUUAGUAACAAUAACUUAUUAGUUAACUACUUACUUAGAUACUUGAUAUUACUACUAGUUAAUUCAAUUCACAAUGGCCCAACCUCAUAAAUUAUUUUGGAAAGGUUCUGCUUACGACUUUGUUGUAUUCAUUGAAGACUCCAAUUUGGUUCAAAAAUACAAAGGUGGUGAUACCACCAUUCCUUUAAUAGACAUUGUUUCUAUUUACAAAGUGUUUAUCAACAGACAAGGUGGUGUUGAAGGUGUCUUGGAUGAAGCAUCCAAAUCUGAAUUAGCAAAUGAAUUUGGUAGUUCUGACGUUGACGCCAUUAUUAAGAAGAUUUUGGUAGAAGGUACCGACAAGAAGAGUGCUGGAUCUUUCCAUUCCGGUGAAAAUGGUAAGAAUGAUUCCAUGGGAGCUGGUGAAGUUGCUCAUUAAAUGGUGCCAAUUGCUCAAAAGUAUUUAGUUUUAAUGAAUCUUACGAAAUUUAUAUUACAUUCACUAAGCAUAUAAACCAAA